CAAUCACCACAGUCAACCACUACACCUUGACUGUCGGCGCCUUUCUUAAAUAUGCCGAGGAGACCCCUCCACCUGCAUGCCGGCUGACGAAAAAUCAAUGGAAGGGGAUCAACCAGUUGAUGAAGGGGAUCAACAAGUCCAUGAAACGCCCAGUUUCCAUUCACCAGGUAAAGGUUAAAGAGAGCAAGGAAGCCAAGGUGGUUUCCAGAAAGACCCUGCUGGAGUGCCAGUCUCUUGCCAAGGCCAAUAUCCCAGAAGUGCUGAAAACCUUGGAAGAAACAAGGACACAGAAAAAUCAGUACCAGUUUUAUGGAUACCUGUGUGCCUAUUUUACCUCCUUAUACGGCCAUAAACCGGGCCUGUAUAAAAAUAUGUUGGUGAAGGAGGUGGAGGAGGCAAAAUGUGACCAGACUGGGAUGUAUCUCAUCAGUGUGGGGGAACACGAAACGAAUAGAGACCAUGGCAUGGUCCAGAUGUCGCUGACAAAGGAUGAGUACACUUGGUUUUCAGACUUCCUCAAAUUCAAGCACUGCCUCCCAGGGGGAAAGAAGUCCCAGCACUUCUUUUUCAAUUCUACAAGCACUCAGCUCAAGAACCUGCCUGCCUACCUGAGGGAGGUGUGGAAGGAGAUGGGUCUGCCUGAAACUCCUACCUUCACUGACCUGCGGACCUCCAUUGUCACUCAUGUCAAAAACAUGCUCCCGAAGGCUGACAGGGAAAGGGUGGCCAACUUCAUGUGCCACGACAUCCAGACGGCAGACAAAUUUUAUGCCAUCAAUUUAAAUCCGGCCCAAGCCAGUGAAACCAAGGCACUCUUCCAGGCAGCACUAAAGGGAGAAGAUACCUCUGUCGCCGCAGAGAACCAGGCCUCCACCUCUUCAAAAAGAAAGCGGAAGGCGGGAGAGGAGGACUCCCUCUCCGAGGGGAGCACCACCCCCGAAAAGACCAAGGUGAUGUACCAGUAGUCUGGCACGUCCUCCAGGGACUCGGAGGAGGAAGAGGUCGAGGAUGAGGAACGGACGGCCAGACAACCUGUGACACCCUCCAAGUUGUCCAUGCCUGAGCUGGAGCAGUACCAUACCCCGAGCAAGAAGCAGCUGAUCCGCAGGCGCCGCAUGGUGGUCGCCCUCACCUCCCCCAUUGUCACGAUGCAAGGUAUGCAGCAGCUGAAUUCAAAUAAAGACCGACUCAAAAAAGCAGCACCUCUUACCAAGACUCUUAAGGACUCUCUCACAUUUACACUGUUCUAAUUUUGUGUUGUGUGGUUUUCUAUUUUAGUGUGCUUGCUCAGAUCAUAAAAUAUGUGUCAUUUAUUCAAACUGUCUAAUAUAUUUUCCAUG